AUGGGAGUUCAUCACUGGCUCAUUGGAUUCCUGGGACUCCUCAGUAUUGUAUCAUGCCUCGGGGAUACACUUUUUGAUGCUAGUCAAGCCGAUGGAACGUCGGCGAGAUUUUCCACGACAUCGUCAGGCUCUGCCAGCAAGGGUUUCUUAGUGGAGUCAGAGCAACUACAGAAAGAUGCGUUUCGAGUAUUUGAAACAGACGAAGGAAAAGGUAACUUUUCCGCUGUGAACUUAGUGAUCGGUGAUAAUAACACCGAAACCAGCACAAUUAUCGUACAUCAAGGAAGCUCAGAUCCUAUCAUCCCUUCUGAACCGUCAAAUUCGAGCGUUUCGUUGUCAGAUGAUGCUGAUCCACUGGCUUCGCCUCAUGUUGACGAAGAGCAGAAUGACAACGACACAAAGAUUCCUUCCUUUGACGAGUGGAAAGAAAUCAGGCUCAGUCAAGAUUCCAAAAGGGAUAUACAUCCGAAUUUCAGAUCGGUUGAGUAUUCAGAUCCCUCUGGUUUCAAAAGUGAAACGAUCGGUGACGAACUAGAGAUUGAUGUCGGUCUUUUCACGUCCCAUGGGAGCAAUGCAGACGAGGAACCCGAGGGCAAGCUGUACAAACACAGAUUCAAUUACGCGUCUUUAGACUGUGCUGCUACAAUCAUUAAAACGAAUUCCGAGGCUUCAGGAGCAAACUCAAUACUUCAUGAGAACAAAGACAAGUAUCUUUUGACUCCAUGUUCUGCGUCAAGCAAAUUUGUGAUUAUAGAGUUAUGCCAAGACAUAUUGGUGGAACAGAUCGCCAUUGCAAACUACGAAUUUUUCUCGUCCACUUUUCAAACAUUGAGAUUCUCGGUAUCAGAUCGAUUCCCUCCAAAAAACGGAUGGAAGGUCCUAGGAGAGUUUAACGCAAACAAUACGCGGAACAUACAAGAGUUUGAUAUUCCAAAUCCCCUUAUUUGGGCAAGAUACGCCAGAGUAGAAGUGCUCUCGCACUUUGGGCACGAGUUUUAUUGCCCAAUAUCCGUUAUUAGAGUACACGGGAAGACGAUGAUGGAUGAUGUGAAGCUAGACGAGUUGGAAGAAAGAUAUAAUCAAGAGCAAGAGAUUGCAAGAAAUGUGGAGAAGAAAACGCAGGAGUGUAUCGAGGAAGAGAUGGCUGUUUUAUCCUCAGCUGGCGCUGCGUUGGAUAAAUGUCAGCUUCCAGAUUUUGCAUCAAAUCAAAAUUUGACUCCGAUCUCGAAAAUAGGGCUCAGGGUCGCACAAUGUCCAACGGUAUUACCGUACUUGGGCUUUGAUCAAUUUUUAAAAACCUAUAACCAAAGCAUAUGUGAUCCAUCAAAGUUUCAAAGUGCUCCUGACACAUCCAGUGCUCUACCAUCGUCCUCUACUGAAGAAUCCAUUUUCAAGACAAUUAUCAAGAGACUCACUCUUCUAGAGAGCAAUUCGACCUUGUCUUUGCGAUAUAUUGAGGAGCAGAGCAGGUUGAUAUCCAGAGCGUUUUCCAAUUCAGAGAAGAAUCAAGCUAGAAAGUUUGAUACUCUAGUCGACGCUCUCAAUCAAACCAUUUCGUCAAGCUUGGGAGAACUGACUGUUUUCUCACAACAACUUCGGGAAUCGUCUUUAAAGGCUUUGGAAGAUCAGAAAUUGUUAAACGAUCAGCUAGUAUCUGAAACCUUAGAGAGCCUCGAACGUGUGACAAGAGACGCCAAAUUUCAACAGCGAUUGUCUUACACUAUGCUAUUUGCUUUUGCAACUCUAUUAGUUUACGUUUUGUUGGCCAGAGAUUCAUAUGUGGAUGAAGCUCCGACAGACGACGGCUGGUAUUUGAAUUCUCCGCCACUACAAAAGGCCAAAAAUACUUUUUUGAUGAAAACAGUUAAUCAUGGGAAGCGUAAUGGACCGCUUGUUUUCGAGGCUGGCCGCGAGAACCAAGGCACUGAGUACAAAUCUGACGUUUCUGCGUCGACAUCUUCCGCCUCAUUGUAUGAAGAGUUUAGUUCUGGGGAUGAUCAAGUUGUUUUACUGGACACCACUCGCAAUAAAUUUGUCGGGAAGAGUAUUGAAGAAAAGAGUAUAAGGAACUAA